CUCCCAGGAGCCACUCCCAUGGGCUCCUCUCCAGUGCUGGGCCUGGAAGCACUAGGAAUUGGGAUGGGGCAGACCCCCAGAAUGCCAGGCUGGAGCAGGUGUCCGGCCUCAUCUGGGCCCACCUCCUCUCUGGACACUUGCUGAAACCUAGGCCCUUAGAGUAGGGACAGACUAGAGCCUAGGUCUCCCCAGAACUGCUAAGGCAGGACCCGGUGCCGGCUGUUGGGCCCCGGAAGGGGGCUUGAGUCAAGAAUGGUGAAGAGCAGCCUGGCCAGGUCAGGAUGAGGCAGGGCAGACAUGGGCCGGGGGCGGGGGGGGGGGGGUUGCCAUGUGCCAGAGCUGAAGGACCACGAGCAAGUGUUCCGGGAGGCACAGGGUCGGCUGGCGUGGGUCAGGCGCCCAUCACUGACCCGUGAGAACCCGACUGCCCCUGCCAGCUCUGGCACUGCUCCCCCCCAGCCGCCCCGCCCUAGCACCCCGGGGGGCACCCCGCCCCACCGUGGCCUGGUCCGGCCCCUCCCGCCCUUUGCUCCAGUUCCCGGUCUUGGCACCUAUAGUGGGGGUGCUGCCCGCCUGCCAGGCUCCGGGGCCGGGCCCACGGGAGGGUGGGGCGGCUGGGAAGCUGGCACGCUGCCCCGGGGGAGCCUCUCUCGGCAGGCGCCCGGGUGCCGCGGGGGGGAGGGGGGAACAAAGGGCUCAUUCUCCCCGUGCGCAGCCGGUGGCAUCGCCGGGGCGUUGGCGGAAGCCCCCGGGGCCCGGGAGGGGGCAGGCCCAGGCGGGGCCGCCGAAUCACGGGCUCCUGUUUCCCGCAGGGUGCUGGAGGAGGAAACCGGCGGAGCAGCUUCCCCACUCUCAGUUGCGCGUCUGGCGAUGGCGAUGAGAGGUCCUGCUGCGCUGUCCGCCGCGCUCUCCCUCCAUUAGCCGCUCUGCGCCGUGCUGCGCCCUCGCCGGUGCCUCUCUCCUGGGACCCGGGAUCGGCCCCCACUUCCAGGCACGAUCCCCUCCCCCGGCCUCUCGGCCUUUCCCCCCACCCCUACUCGGCCAUCUCCGACCCGGGGCGCACGUUCCCCCCGGCCCGGCUCCCACUCUCCCUCCGGGGGCACCCGCUCCCUAGCCCCGGCCCGGCCCUCCCCGCGGCGCAGCACGGAGUCUCGGCGUCCCAUGGCGCAACCCACGGCCUCGGCCCAGAAGCUGGUGCGGCCGAUCCGCGCCGUGUGCCGCAUCCUGCAGAUCCCGGAAUCCGACCCCUCCAACCUGCGGCCCUAGAGCGCCCCCGCCGCCCCGGGGGAAAGAGAACGCGAGCGCGCUGAGCAGAGAGCGGGAGAACGCGUCCUCGCUCGCCGGCCGGGAGGCCCCGGAGCCGGCCCAUGGGGAGCGGGCGCGCGGCGCCGGCCACGACGACCGCCGCCGCCCGCGCCGCGCCCGGCCCGCGAAGCCCAGGGACCCCCUCUGGGAGAGCCCCAUGAGGGCAGGAGAGUGAUGGAGAGUAUGCCCAGCUUCCUGAAGGACACCCCAGCCUGGGAGAAGACAGCCCCUGAGAAGGGCAUCCUGGGACAGGAGCCGGAUACCCUGCCUCAAGAUGGUCUGCGCCGGGGCGCACUGUGCCUGGGAGAGCCUGCUCCCUUUUGGAGGGGUGUCCUAAGCACCCCAGACUCCUGGUUUCCCCCUGGCAUUCCCCAGAGCCCCAAGGACACGCUCCCACAGGUGGAGGGAGAAGGCCCCCGCAAUGGGGAGAGGAAGGCCAACUGGCUGGGCAGCAAGGAGGGGCUGCGCUGGAAGGAGGCAAUGCUUGCCCACCCAUUGGCACUCUGUGGCUCAGCGUGCCCGCCUCGCUAUGGCCCCCUGAUUCCUGAGCAUAAUGGUGGCCAUCCCAAGAGUGACCCUGUGGCCUUCCGGCCCUUGCACUGCCCCUUCCUUCUGGAGACCAAGAUCCUCGAGCAAGCUCCCUUCUGGGUGCCCACCUGCUUGCCACCCUACCUAGUGUCCAGCCUGCCUCCAGAGCGUCCAUGUGACUGGCCCCUGGCCCCACACCCCUGGGCAUACUCAGGGGGGCAGCCCAAAGUGCCCUCUGCCUUCGGCUUAGGCAGCAAGGGCUUUUACCACAAGGAUCCAAGCAUCCUCAGGCUGGCAAAGGAACCAUUGGCAACCACGGAACCUGGGUUGUUAGGCUUAGCCUCUGGUGGGCAUCUCCAGAGAACUGGGGAAGUGGAGCGUCCUUCAUUCCACCAGAGAGAUGGAGAGGCAGGAGUCGGCAGGCGUCAGAACCUUUGCCCGUUCCUCCUGGGGCAUCCGGACUCUGUUCCCCGGACCCCCUGGCCCCCGUGCCCCCCGGGCCUGGUUCAUACUCUUGGCAACGUCUGGACUCUACCGGGGGGUGGGAGCCUUGGGUACCAUCUGGGGCCAUCAGCCACAUCAAGGUGCCCCUCUCCUGGGCCUCCUACCACCCAGGGAGGCUGUUGCUCAUCUCACCCACCUGCUAGAGAUGGAGGUCUUGGCCCCUGUGGGAAGUGCCAGGAGGGGGGCACCAUCGGGCCCAGUGAAUCCAACGAGGAAGUGAACAAGGCCUCUGGUCCCAGGGCCUGCCCACCCAGCCAUCACACCAAGCUAAAGAAGACAUGGCUCACACGACACUCUGAGCAGUUUGGGUGUCCAGGUGGUUGCCCUGGGGACGAGGAGAGCCCUUCUGCCCAGCUGCAGGCCCUCAAGAGGGCAAGCAGCCCUGAGGUCCAGGGAGCGGGUGGAAGCCCAGCUGCCAAGCGCCCUCCCAACCCUUUCCCAGGCAGUGUGGGGCAGGGGGCCAGAGGUCGGCAGGAGAUGCUGGACUCAUCAUUUGGGAACAAGGCAGAGGCCGUGCAGCAUGAUGACCACAGAGGACCCCAAGAUGGUAGGGCCAGCCUCCAGGACCCAGGGCUUCAGGAUACAUCUUGUUCGGCUCCCCUGGCAGGCAUGGCUCCAUGCCAAAGCUGUACCCAUGCAGCUGGAGAGGCGGGAGGGCUGGCCCGCCACUCCCAGCAAGUGCCGAGAUUGCCUCUGGGAGGGGAGCAGCCGCAGGACGAAGACUCAGCAGCUGGCUCGGAGGAGGGAGGAGGGUCUGGCCCCGAGGCCCGGCUCAGCAAGGGCCUUGCCAAGCAUCUGCUAAGUGGUUUGGGGGACCGACUAUGCCGCCUGCUGCGGAGGGAGCGCGAAGCCCUGGCCUGGGCGCAGCGGGAAGGCCAGGGGCCCGCCAGGACAGAAGACAACCCAGGCGUUCCACGCUGCUGCAGCCGCUGCCACCGUGGACUCUUCAACACCCACUGGAAAUGCCCCCACUGUAGCCACCGGCUGUGUGUGGCCUGUGGUCGCAUGGCGGGUGCUAGGAGGGCCAGGGACAAAGCAGGCCCUCAGGAGGAGUCCACGGAGGAGUGUCCCCAAGAGGCCGGGCAUACUGCCAGUUCCCUGAUGCUCACCCAGUUCGUUUCUAGCCAGGCCUUGGCAGAAUUGAGCACCGCCAUGCACGAGGUUUGGGUCAAGUUUGACAUCCGGGGUCACUGCCCCUGCCAAGCUGAUGCCCGAGUGUGGGCCUCUGGGGAUGGGGGCCAGCAGAAGGAGCCGACAGAGAAAACUCCCCCAGUUCCACAGUCUUCUUGCAACGGGGACACCAACAGGACCAAGGACAUCAAGGAGGAGACCCCGGACUCCACCGAGACCCCAGCAGAGGACCGUGCCGGCCGAGGGCCCCUACCUUGUCCCUCUCUCUGUGAACUGCUGGCCUCCACUGCUGUCAAACUCUGCUUGGGGCACGAGCGGAUACACAUGGCCUUUGCCCCGGUCACUCCUGCCCUGCCCAGCGAUGACCGCAUCACCAACAUCCUGGACAGCAUCAUCGCGCAGGUGGUGGAAAGGAAGAUCCAGGAGAAAGCCCUAGGGCCGGGGCUGCGGGCCGGGCCAGGACUGCGCAAAGGCCUGGGCCUGCCCCUCUCGCCAGUGCGGCCCCUGCUGCCUCCUCCCGGAGCUCUGCUGUGGCUGCAGGAGCCCAGGCCUCAGAGAGGCUUCCAUGUCUUCCAGGAGCACUGGAGGCAGGGCCAGCCCGUGUUGGUGUCGGGGAUUCAGAGGACAUUGCGAGGCAACCUGUGGGGGACGGAAGCUCUUGGGGCACUUGGAGGCCAGGUGCAGGCACUGACCCCCCUCGGGCCUCCCCAGCCCACAAGCCUCCACAGUGCAACGUUCUGGGAGGGAUUCUCCCGGCCUGAAAUUCGCCCAAAGUCAGACGAGGGCUCCGUCCUCCUGCUGCACAGAGCUCUGGGGGACAAGGACACCAGCAGGAUGGAGAACCUGGCUGCCAGCCUGCCCCUCCCCGAGUACUGUGCCCGUCACGGGAAACUCAACUUGGCUUCCUACCUCCCACCUGGCCCCGCCCUGCGUCCACUGGAGCCCCAGCUGUGGGCAGCCUAUGGUGUGAGCCCACACCGUGGGCACCUGGGGACCAAGAACCUCUGUGUGGAGGUGACCGACCUGGUCAGCGUCCUGGUACGCGCUGAGACCCCGCCGCCUACCUGGCACCGGGCACAGAAAGACUUCCUCUCAGGCCUGGAUGGGGAGGGGCUCUGGUCUCCAGGCAGCCAGGUCAGCACUGUCUGGCACGUGUUCCGAGCACAGGACGCUCAGCGCAUCCGCCGCUUUCUCCAGAUGGUGUGCCCGGCCGGAGCAGGCAACCUGGAGCCUGGCACCCCGGGCUACUGCUACCUGGAUGCAGGGCUGCGGCGGCGCCUGCGGGAGGAGUGGGGCGUGAACUGCUGGACCCUGCUGCAGGCCCCUGGAGAGGCCGUGCUGGUGCCUGCCGGGGCUCCCCACCAGGUGCAGGGCCUGGUAAGCACCGUGAGUGUCACUCAGCACUUCCUGUCCCCGGAGACCUCUGCCCUCUCUGCUCAGCUCUGCCACCAGGGACCCAGCCUGUCCCCUGACCGCCGCCUGCUUUAUGCCCAGAUGGACUGGGCUGUGUUCCAAGCAGUGAAGGUGUCUGUGGGAACAUUACAGGAGGCCUGAAUAGGGGGAUCCCGAGUGUCUGGGGUAGGUUGGGGGGGCAGGUAGAUCAGGUGCUCAGUCCCAGCACAGCUUCAGCAGAGAAUGACGCUGGGGCACUUGGGGACUUUUGAUCAAUCCCUCAAACUCCACUCUGGGCACAGGCAGGGCACCCUGUUCCCCACCCCAACCUGGGCCCUAAAGCCAACAACCACGGUGCCAUCGAAGCUCACAGCUGCCCUUCACAGGCUGGCACCUGCUCCGUCCCUGCAUCCCUCUCCACGGUACCAGGCCCACACUGGGGGUGAAUGACUCCCUCCGACCCCUGCCCCCUGAACCCAAGAGACAAACAGCCCUUCCUUGGGGGACCUCGGGAAUCGUUCUGGCUUAAGCAACACCUUCUUCUGCUGCCUCAUCCCCUACUGUCCCACCUGUUGCCCAAGCUCUGCUUACGCCACCCACAUCUUCACUGGGCUCCAGGGUGGCCCUUCGCACUGCAGGCAUGCUGGACAAGGGGCCGCUGAAAUCCUGCCCUUUUGCCAGACAACAGUGAAGUGUGGGGAGGGGGAGGACAUCAGGAGACGGCCCAGGCUUGGCUGGAGGGAAUGAUAUGGGCUAUGCCCUGUCCCUGCUCCCCCGUCUCGCCUCCCUCCUUCAUGAUUUCCAUUAAAGGCUGUUGUUUUG